AUGAAUAAUUUAACUGUAUCAGAAAACCUUGAUAAAGAGGAAAAGCCAUAUCACUGUAAUAUCUGUGGAAAAUCAUUUUCUUACAGUAGUGACAUUAAGCCAUAUGAUUGUGAGAUCUGUGGUAAAUCAUUCUCUCAAAGCCCUCACUUGACUGAUCACGUACGUACACAUACAGGAGAGAAACCAUAUCACUGUGAUAUCUGUGGUAAAUCAUUCUCUCAAAGUCAUCACUUGACUAAUCACAAGCCUUCACAUACUGGUGAGAAAACUUAUCAUUGUGAUAUCUGUGGUAAAUCAUUCUGUGAACGUAAAGCUUUAACUAACCAUAAGAAGAUUCAUAUUGGAGAAAAACCAUAUCACUGUGAUAUCUGUGGUAAAUCAUUCUCUCUAAGUAACCACUUGAGUAGGCACAAACGUACACAUACAGGAGACAAACCUUAUCAUUGUGAGAUCUGUGGUAAAUCAUUCUCUGUAAGUAGCAACUUGACUAGGCACAGACUUACUCAUACAGGAGAGAAACCAUAUCACUGUGAUAUCUGUGGUAAAUCAUUCUCUCAAAGUCAUCACUUGACUAAUCACAAGCCUUCACAUACUGGUGAGAAAACUUAUCAUUGUGAUAUCUGUGGUGAAUCAUUCUGUGAACGUAAAGCUUUAACUAACCAUAAGAAGAUUCAUAUUGGUGAAAAGCCAUAUCAGUGUGAUAUCUGUGGUAAAUCAUUCUCUUGUAAAAGUCAUUUGAAAAAAAAAAAUGAAGAAACAAAAGGUUUUGAAGAUGCUGGAUCAGGAAAACUCAUCUAUGCCAUAGUCAUCACUUUUAUACUUUGUCUUGAAAACAUCCUCAUAAUCUGCUGUGUCAUAUUCAAAUGUCCUCCUUACAUUUGGUUCAGGAACCGUGUCAACGAGUGGAUAUCUCAUAAAGAAUACCAGAAUCCACCGGUUGAAAUGAGGACGCUGGAAGCAGCAGAUCAGCAAACGGAUCAGGAAGCAGCAGAUCAGGAAAUGGAUCAGAAACAGCAAAGCAGCAAAUGGAUCAGGAACCAGCAAAGCAGUAAAUGGAUCAGGAAUCAGCAAAGCAGUUAAUGGAUCAGGAACUGUGUCACCCGCAGGAUAUCUCCUAAUGAAUACCAGAAUCCACCGGUUGAAGUAUAAAAAUGCUAUGUUUUUUUCUUUUUCUUCUUAUAGACUUUCAAUGAUUGCAUUAGCAUAUUCUGUUGUGUCUGGGGAGAGUCAUUUUCUUUUUGUGCCUUAUGAUGUAACACGUUUGAUGUAGUGGUUUAGCAUCAUCUUUUCAAAAACCCUGCUCAAGUGGUGGGGGCAACAAACACAAACCCACCAACACCGGUUGUUAAGUAAUGGGGAGGGAGGACAAACACAGACACAAAGACCCCUUCUCCCAUACACACAUAUGUCUGUGAUUAUAAUUUAAUACAACUCAUAUUUAUUGUGGAUAUUCAGGUAAUGCAUGCACCAUGACACAUAGUAACCACCCAGGGACAAUACCUAGGGCACAUCUACGAAUGAAUGCUCCAAUGACUUUCACAAAAAUCUAUAUUUUUUAAGGAAAUUUUCUACAAAUCCACUUCAGAUGGUGUAGAUUCUUUUUAUAAUGGAAUUUGAUGUGACAAAAUUUUCUGCCAAAAAAUGGGAUUUGUGUUAGUACGUAUCCCACCAAUUUAUUUUUUCAUUUUAAAUUCUGAUAUAAUUACAAUCUACAAACUCUGAAAGGAAUUUGUAGAAAUUUUCGUUUUUCUGAAAGCUAUGAAGAGACAAAGUCAGUGGAGCAUAUCUGUGUGUGUGUGUGCUUAUUGCUUUAACGUAAAUAUCUUCAAUUAUAAUUUUAAAGACUACACUUUUAUUAUAGAAAUCGCGGAACAAAUAGACAGAACUGAAUGAUUCUCAUUAAACUUUUGUGAUACUAUUUUUCAAAGAAUGGCUUUAAAACAAUUCAUAAAUAACUCCAGAGACUUUCCUAAAAUCCAGGCCAGGUUUCAAAUGUAUGUGUAAUGCUUUCUCUCUGUGUAUGCGUGUUUAAAAAAUGUGUAUUAAUACAAAUAAAUUCAAAUAAAUUCAUAUCACUUACAUUUAAAUCAUGUAAAUAUAUUUCUGAUUUCUACAAUAAAGACACAUUUAAAAUAUAUUUUGUGUUAUUUAUAUUUUACUUAUAUUUAAAGGGUAUGUGCAUUAUCCAAAUCAGAUUAACAU